AUUCGGGGACGGUAGAACGAGCGGUGUAGAAGAGAGGGAAAAUGGGGCUUUUGUUCUCUUCCCGAGCCAAACCCGCCGCCGCCGAGGGCGACUCCCACGUCGUCGCCAUCCACUCCGAGAGUGCCUGGAACGAUCAUUGGAAGUCCCACAAGGACUCCUCCAAGCUGAUGGUGAUCGAUUUCUCGGCAUCCUGGUGCGGGCCUUGCCGAUUCAUCGAGCCGGCCUUUAAGGCCAUGGCAGCCAAGUACACUGACGUGGUCUUCGUCAAGAUCGAUGUCGACGAGCUCUCGGAGGUGUCGGAGCAGUGGAAGGUACAAGCGAUGCCGACGUUCGUGCUGGUGAAGGGAGGGAGCGAGGUGGGGAGGGUGGUAGGCGCGCAGAAGGACGAGCUCGAGAGGAAAAUCCAGCAGCUCAGGGUUUAGAAGGACGUGCUAAGGCUUUUACUUAACUAUGUAAUAUAUGUUGUGAACUUUGUUGCUGUCUCCCAUCGUUAACCCUUCUCCUUCAAUAUAAAAUACCUCUUAAAUAAAUGGGAAGAAGAACUUUUAUCGAGAUUGUCUGCUUAUGGUUUUGUUAGAGCGGCCUAUCUGCUCUCCUUUU